CGAUUAUCACCUACAGGAGCUCCACGACGAUAGCUUCGGGAGUUCUGAUGAGGACGAUGGCAAAGAGGCGAAACUGGAGCAGGACACAUCAAACACGAAAAGUAAUGCAAGCGAGGAUGUUAUCGCCCGCGAUCCGUUUUUAAAAACUUUCAUACUAGAUUUGGG